UAUAGGUACCGUGUUACGUCCAAAGUUUUACGGAUCUGUGAAAUGAUGAUCCUUUGUUCAUUGCUAGGAGUUUCACUCCUAGCAGCUGUUGCGCAUUCAGCCGCUCCUUCCGAAAGGCUACCGACGCUCAUCGAACGAGCAUCCGCCGAUGAGAGAUAUCGGUUACGUCGGGUUUCUGAGCCACUAUCGUACAAGUUGUAUCUCGAUAUCAGUGACGAAAAUUUCUACUCCUAUCGAGGUUCGGUCGAUAUCGAGAUGCGAUAUCUGGAUACGUCCAAUCACUUCUACCUCAGCAGUGAUGGGCUAGUUAUCGAUCGGGAUAGUAUCAAAGUGACCAAACCUAACGGAGACGAUCUGCCGUUGGCGAAUUUGGAUACGAUGGACAAGUACGAAAUGCUAAUCUUUUAUUUUAAUGAAAGAUUGGAACAAAACGCAAUUUAUCAGGUGCACAUUGAGUUUUCCAAUAACAUCGGAACGGAGCUGAAAGGAUUGUACAGGAGUAGCUAUACCGUGGGAAAUGCAACAAGGUAUAUAGCUACCACCCAUUUCGAAUCAACAUAUGCCCGGAGCGUAUUCCCAUGCUAUGACGAACCAUCCUAUAAGGCCUAUUUUGAUGUCACAAUACGUCACCGUUCUCAAUACCACGCACUGUCCAACAUGCCUAUCAAGGAGCGAGUUCAGGAUGGUGAACAGCACUCAAUCACUCAGUUCGAGAGGUCUCCUUUCAUGUCAAGUUAUCUGCUGGCCUUCAUUGUAUCUGAUUACAAAACUUUGGCAGAAGAAACAGAUCACAUCAGAGUAUAUGCCCCGGAGAACCAAGUGCAACACACAAUCUACGCACGGGAAUUCGCACAGAAAUCCCUUCAAAUACUGGAAGAUCUUUUGGGUCACGAGUUCCAGCUGCCCAAAGUAGAUUUGAUCGCCAUUCCGGACUUCAACAUGGGUGCCAUGGAGAACUGGGGGCUCAUAACAUUUCGCGCAGUUUAUCUCAUCUACGAUGACGCAACGACAACGGCUCGCACCAAGCAGAAUAUUGCCAAUCUGAUUACGCACGAGUUCGUACAUUCGUGGUUUGGUAACGAAGUGACUCCGGAGUGGUGGACAUACCUCUGGUUGAGCGAGGGAUUUGCUAGGUAUUUUGAGUACUACGUGACGGCACAGAUUGAAGACGAAUGGCACUUGUGGGAACAAUUCGUGGUGAAUAAUGUACACUCGGCUUUUUCGCAAGACGACAAGGCUGGUAAUCGACCAAUGAGUUUCUACGCUACCGAACCGGAUGUAUUGAACGGCUUGUUUGACUAUGUAGUGUACGCCAAGAGUGCAUCGGUAAUUCGGAUGUUCCAGAACGUCAUUGGGUUCGAAUCGUUCAAGGCAGCUCUCAAUGAUUACAUUGAAAGUCGUAGUUACAUGACCACGCACCCAGAUUAUCUAUAUGCAAGUAUUGAAAAGUUUAGCGAAGUCGCAAUGCCAGGUAGCGUUAAAACCGUGUUCAACAACUGGGCAGAUAAUGCCGGUUAUCCGGUUGUGACAGUGACCAGAAAUGGAAAAUUCGUAACAUGUGCUCAAAAGCGUUUCUGGAUGCCAGUGGAAGGAGAAACAGCCCCCGAGGAUACGAAAUUUUACGUACCGCUCAAUUAUGCCACCUCGGCGGAAGCUGAUUUCAAUGAUACAACAGCCGUUGACUGGCUAACUCCAGAUAUUCCAGAAUAUACCAAAGAAUUGCCGGCAGAUGUCGAUUGGAUCCUUGUGAAUAAACAACAAACUGGAUUCUACAGAGUGAACUACGAUAACAAUAAUUGGGCUGCGUUGACCGAGAUGUUAAAGUCAGAAAAAUUGUAUACUAUUCCGGUCAUUAACCGUGCGCAACUGAUAGAUGAUGCUAGCAAUCUAGCUAAGGCAGGAGAGUUGAGCUAUGAAAUUGCAUUUUCCCUGUUGGAAUACUUGGAAAUGGAAAGCGAAUACAUCCCUUGGAGCACGGCCUACAAUGCUCUAAUUCAUUUGAACAGAAUGUUUUCGAGUAAUGAAAACUACUCAAGAUUCGAGGACUUUGUUCGAAAAAUUACAUCCCGAAUGUACGCAAGAAUUUCACUAACCGGAACGACCAGCCACAUCAGUAGACUACAUCGUGGAAACACCAUAUACUUGGCGUGUUACUUUGGAGUUACGGCUUGCGUAGAGGACUCCCAAAAUUUAAUGCAGCAGAUGAUGAGUGAUGAAUCCUUCGUUGUUCCCGAGGAGGCCCAAUCCGCGGCAUUUUGUUCCUUCAGCAAACAUAUAUCUUCUCUGAAUGAAGAUUUGAUGCAGAUGUUCUUCGAACGGUAUCUUUCAAUGAAGAACAACGACAAUGGUUUGGUCAGUCGCUUCAUCACCGGGAUGGGUUGCACUAGAAAUACAACAAUGAUUGAGCUAUAUCUAGCAUUGACCACCACUAAUCUCCCGGGAUUCCAACUGACUGGUACGGAACGGAAUCAGAUUCUGGUGUCUGUGCUGAGCGGUAGCCCCGAAGGACUCCGAGCAAGUUUGAAAUUUAUGCUAGAAUACUACCCCGAUGUAUCAUACAUGGCUGGAUCGGUUGCCAAUAUAUUCACUGAGUUCGGCAACAGAAUCAACCAAAAAGAACAAUUUGAAACGCUUCAAGACAUCGUUGCCAAAUAUGGAGGAGUGUUCACAGAAUCGGUAUAUUCUGCGGCUGGGCGGGCUCUUGUUCAAGCCGAAAAGAACCUGGCAUGGGUGGACCAACAUUCGGAAGCGAUCAGCAAUUGGCUUGUCUCAAACGAUUACACCCUCAGUACGACAACGGUCAAACCGGAUAAAGGUGGAGCUUCUUCAAUUACGGCCGGGUUUCUACUGACACUAGUCACAAUUAUUGUUGCUUUAAUAAACUAGGCCAAUCUAUAGAUUACA